CACCUCAUGUGGGCUGCAGAGAACAAAAGGCGAGGGCGGGAGCUGCUGUCUGGGGGCGCGUAGUCUACCGGUGUUAUUUGGCGGACUCUGCAACAACAAGGCCCGUGUUUGGUGAUCUGCCAAGGGAAGAAGUGGCCUGAACUGUCGUCCAACCAGAGAGUAUGGGAGUGGGACUCUAGACUGAUUCAACUUCUCAGGUCAUGAACUUUGCAAUACUGCCGUGACAGCGCCAUUUACUUUUUUUUAAAUAUCGUCAUCUGAUCAACUUGACUGGCGGGUGUCGUCCUCAUCGCCACCGUAAAGCGUAGAGGCCAGUGACAAUGCAGGAUUCAAUACGCCUGCCUACGGACUACAACAUUCCACCGGACGUAAAAAUGGUGUCUGUUUAAUUCGUAGUUAACCAAGUGUCACAAAUGUGUGACGUUUAUGUUCUGACUUGUGACGACCAUAUGUUCUAAGGAGCUCUGAACUAGUUACUAGUAGCUUGGCACAUAAUAACUUUUCAGUCGUACUCAUACACGUACGCUUGGACAUCAAUCAACCUUUCUAGCACCCAGACGUUUGCGUAGAAGAACGGAGGGAUCAUUACAACACCUUUGUUAACGGCUACCAAGUCCAGCUGAUCCUUUUCCCACAGUAAAACAAUUCCGUGGUAAAGAUGGGGAACGUCACGUUAUGUAUCAAGAAACAAGUAGACGACUUGAAGUGGUUAGAAGACUCCCUCACUCCUGAGGAGAUUUUGGAGAAAUACGACCUCCCCACUUUGGUCAAGGUCACUCAACCCGACCGUCGCUCUCAGCUUAGCAAAGACAUCGUCCUCUUGGUGAAUUCCUCGUUUUCGGAGGAGAAGGUUCUUGCCCAGAGCUUGGAACGGGAGACUGGGAAGACUAUCGGGCCACUUGUUAGUAUUCCAUUAUCGUACACGGGCACGUUCCGCAAACUGACGUCCCAGUCCUUCCAAACAGUGCAGGAAGUGGUCGACUCGCAGCCAUUUUCCGGCACCUUCACGGUGGAAGAAGACAUGAAAUGGAAGAAGCAGCGUCUGCCGGCCUCCGUCCAACAGAUGAUGAUGAACGAGCUGGGAGUGUCUGGACUCAAGGGGAAGCUCCCCAAAACCCUUGUAAGAAGGGGAGAUCUUCUCUCCAUGAGAGGUAUUUUGAACCCCACAGACGGCGAACCCAUCGGACAAGACGGUCCUAACGGCGACGCAGGCGGCGAACAGAAGAAAAGCUCCAAAAAGAAUAAGAAGAAAGGAAAAUCCCUGCCAGCCUACGUCAUUUGCGUGAACCAAGAUGGUGAGAUAAUGUGUAUUCCGUCUUUUUGUAGCGGCAGGUUCUCGACCGUAGCUCUGCGCUACACGAGUGGCCCUGUCCUGACCCUGAGGGACAUAGUGGAGGACACUGACACAGACAUGCCCACAGACGUGCUGUAUGUGGACGGAGAGAAGAUCAUGGAGGAAGAACAUUUCACGGGACUGAUCAAGCUGCUGACAGCGUACGAGAAGAAGCUUCUAGUGGCGUCCAUCCUGGAAGAGGACGGGGCGUUCUCUUCCGUGGAGUUCGGCGUGGAUUGCGGAGUGAAGUUCGCACCCGCAGAUCCGGACGACCCUAAGAACCAAGAGUUCCUGAAACGCGCCUUGGCCACCCCUGACGAUGGAGGGGUGAGACGGAAAAGGCUCGGCAGUUUCCGGCCUAACCUCGGCGGGGCCUCGUUUCCGUCGAUGGACAGCAUCAACCUGAUCGGGAAGUGGAGAAACAGGUCCAUGAGGAGGAAGGGGGAAAGGUCCAUCCCAGAGGAAACAGAACCAACUUAAGAAAAGUACUAGUAGAAUGACACUAACCGCGUUAUAUGGAUCAUGACAAAUUAGGAAGUUAGCUUCAUGUAACUUCUGUUUAUAUUAUAUCUUAAGCUUGGUCUUGAUUACACCUGAGUACGUAAGAAUAUUACGUACGUAUAAUAUUCAAUUUCUUCACUAAAAUAUACACAGGAAUGCAUGUAGCAGAUUAUAUUUGUUAAUGUACACAACCUUCUCCUUUAAUUUUCACCUCCACUUUUAAGUUACGAAUACCAAUACUCGUACAUUGUUAUGCAGCCAAUGACACUAAGCAAUGUAGUAAGUAAGGGACGGUCUAUGUUUCAGACCCGGACAAGAUCGGGGUGAUAUUAUCAAUAGUAUAAGAAAUAACCUGGUGACAAGUAGCGGUAAAAAUUUGAGCUUUUGAGAAAAGUUUUGAUUUUCCUUAUCACUAAAGAAUUCUCUUGUGAUUGUGAUGUACAUCAAUAGGCAACAUAUGAGACUUACUUAUACGGAAUCAGUAUAAUUUUCAUAGACGUAAUUAUCAAGACAAAAAUGUGUAGUAGGAAUGACUUAUGUGAAAGCCUGACUACUGUCUGUUCUUUUUUAAUGUAGAAGAGCAGUCGUGACAUGUUGAAACUGAUGGAUAUAUAUUCAUUAUCCAUUUUACAUACCAUUACCUCAACAAAGAAAACAAUAGUAUAGCGUAUUUUCUUGAAACCCAGAAUGCAUUCACAACAGUUGUAACAACAGGAGAUGAUAUUCGAUUUUUGUACACUAUAUUAUCUUUAGAGUUUUAUAGGGCUAUAUUUUCGACAAGUAAUUUUCAAUGGCAAUGGCAACAAAGACAAUGAUAAUAAGGGUAAAUGACACUCAUUGUACAUAUCACAUGUGAUUGAUCUAAUUUUUGGCAUUCGACAAUGUCUUAGAUUGCACAAUAUAUUUGGUCUGUUUUGUAACGCAGGUCAAGGUUCGUAGUUCAAGCUACAGACUGACUUUUCCUGUUGGAUCAGUCUGUUGGAUCAGCUGAAUAACUUCAUUCAACUGUGACAAAUGUGUGAUUACAAAAGGUCAUCCCGUUUGUCAUAUGUCAUACGAAGAAGAUUGUAUUUUUAAAACUUACUUUCUUCAUUGUUAUGAACUACAGGAGGAAUGACAAAUCAGUACUUUAGGUAACUUUACUAACUUUAAUACUUACCUAGUCUAAACUUCAUAAAGUAUGUUAGCUUAAUUUUCAUCGGCGUAAAUUGCAGUUUGACGUUGUCAUUCCUACAGUAAACGUGUGUCUUUGCCUGUAUUUCAUGAUUUCUUGAACUUCUAAGAUCAUAGGUUAGGGCUUGCGCUUAGCUGGUGUGUUACGCAGCUGGUGUGUUACGCCGCUAUACUGACUAUAGGAAUACAGAUUACGAUUAUCGCAUAUGCAAUCACUUAUUGUGCCAUUUUCUUCUAAGUGAAAAUAAACACGAAAGGUGAAAUUUUGUCCAAUAGUCC